AUGGCUUUCAAGUUCACAGUUGCUCUUGCUUUUGUUGCUGUUGCAAGUUCAGGAUAUGUUCCUCAACAACAACAACAAGUCUAUCAUGCUGAACCAGUAACACAUUCCGUUGCACAUGAACCACAUGCCGCCAUUUUGACUAAAAACGUUGAAGAAUACGAUCCACAUCCACAAUACAAUGUUGCUUACAACGUUCAUGAUUCUCUCACUGGUGAUGUAAAAAGUCAAUCGGAGACUAGAGAUGGGGAUGUUGUCAAUGGGGAAUAUUCCUUGGUUGACGCUGAUGGGUACAAGAGGACAGUUUCAUACACUGCUGAUGCUGAACACGGAUUCAACGCCGUGGUUAACCGUGCUCCUUUGCAUGAAGCUGGACAUGUUUCACAUGCUGGUCCAUCAGCCGUUAAUCAUGCAUCUCCAAGCUAUAUCCAAGCUGGAGAUCAUCAUACUUCACAAGCUUAUGAAGCUCCAAAUUACUAUAAAGUAGCUCCAGUUAGUCAUACCCCAUCAAACUUUGUGAAAACUGUCAGCCAUGUUCCACUAACAUACACCACACCAACACAACAUGUCCAAUAUGCUCCAGCACCAGUUCACUAUGCUGCUCAUUCUCAGCCAAUCUAUGCCACUCCAUCUGUUGUUUCUCCAGUAACCUACUCUUCCCAUAACGCCCCAUCUGCUUAUGCUUCAUCCGAAUCCCAUUCUUCUCCUAUUUAUGUUAAGUCUUCUGAACACAGUCAUCAAUAUCAUCAUUAAGUACUU